UGUUUAUUUUUGUAAUCAUACACACGCAGACCUUAGUGGGGAGAGUUUGUCAGUGAUUAACGCGUAACGUUACACACAUUAUAAUUUUUAACGUUUCGAAAAAAUUGCUGAUUUGACAUAAAAAUACGCGCAUGCGUGCUGAUGAAAACAUAUCUGUCAAUGCUGCGUCAUUUCUUGUCAACACGUGUAGUCUGAUUUGUGAAAGCUUUACAAAAUGUUUUUAUAGUAUUUAUUUCUCGUGUGUACAAAAUUGGGGUUUAAAAUGGCUCGCGACGUGGGCUUAGAUGGGAUAUUGGAGGAAAUUGGGCCGUUUGGAAGGUACAAUGUUAUGAAUUAUGCGUUACUUCUGUUCCCAAUAUAUUUGGCGGGAAUGUACGGUUCAGUGUAUGUGUUUGAAGCUUCGGAUAUCGGAUACAGAUGUAGCGUGCCCCAAUGCGAAGGGCUAAACACAUCGUGGCUGGACUACGCGAUACCGAGAGACAAGAAGGGCCCCUCCAGAUGCAAGCAAUAUGUAUGGCGAGAGAACACCACCGAUACCUGUAGCAAGGACCACUUCGAGAGCACGGAAAAGGAUUGCGACUCCAUUGUGUACAACGAUGAGGAUUCCGCGGUUAGAGAUUUUGACCUCGGCUGCCAGAAUUGGAAAAGGACUCUAAUAGGCACGUUUCACAAUUCGGGGCUGUUCAUCUCUCUGCCACUAACGGGCAUUAUUUCAGACAAAUAUGGCCGUAGGUUAGCCCUGUCCGUGGCUUCCCUCAUGAACGGUAUAUUUGGUUUUCUGAGAUCAUUCUCCACUAGCUACACAAUGAUGGCCAUAUUUGAGUUUCUCGAAGCGGCCUUGGGUGCUGGAGCUUAUAGUACCGCGUUUGUUAUUGCAAUGGAACUCGUCGGACCCAAAGGCAGAGUGUUCGGGAAUACACUAAUCAACGCAGUCUACGUGCUGGGGCUGAUGACGCUAGCCAGCCUGUCAUGGUAUCUACAGAGUUGGAGGACCCUACUCAGAAUAAUAUACAUUCCAGCCAUGUCUGUGUUCUCAUAUCUGUGGCUUCUAAACGAGAGCGUACGAUGGCUGCUCAGCAAAGGACGACAUCAAGAAGCCAUGGCCAUCAUAAAAAAAGCAGCAAAAAUGAACAAGGUCAAUUUGUCCGAUCAAGUUCUGACUCCCCUUUAUGAAUUGGACAAACUCUCAACUGAUCCGGACAACGAGAAGUCCAAAGAAGACGUAGUAGAAGAGAAAAAAGAAUCGAUGUUUAUGCGAGUGAUAAAAUCUAGUAUCAUUAGGAAAAGAGUGGCUGUGUGUUCGUUUCUGUGGAUAACAUGUACCUUUGUGUAUUACGGUCUGUCAAUAAACUCGGUGUCGUUGGCGGGUAAUAAGUACGUGAACUUUAUGCUGGUGGGUUUUGUGGAGAUACCCGCAAAUUUCGUGUGUUUACUAGUGUUGGACAGAUUCGGGAGGAAGAAGGUCCUAGUCAUAAUGUAUGUGCUGAGCGCGUGUUUGUGUAUCAGCCUGUCAUUUUUGCCUAAAGGUCAGAAAUGGUGGUCACUAGUGCUAUAUCUUUCUGGAAAGUUCUCGAUCACGGUAGCCUACAGCUCCGUGUACAUCUACGUAUCUGAAGUGUUUCCGACCAGCGUGAGACAGUCGCUCCUGGCUGUGUGCUCUUCGCUGGGCAGAGUUGGGUCCACUUUGGCGCCCUUGACACCGCUCCUUGCGCUAUACUACGACAAUCUUCCCGCCAUAUUCUUCGGAAGUCUGGCCCUAGUAGCAAGCGUGUUAGUCUUCUCUCUACCAGAGACAAUUAACCAGCCUCUUCCCGAUACGAUAGAAGAUGCAGAGAGACUCUCCCAAAGAAAGGACAGGAAAGAAUGUGCUUAACGUUAAAAAAAUCGUUAAUUUGUUAGCAAAAUCAGAUGGAUUGUGAUUUUUUUAUUGAAAGUUGUCUGUCUUUGUGAUUAAUACUGUAUUGUGGAUCUAUAUAUUUUUAAUAUAUGCACAUUUCUAUGCAAGCACAGAGCCCUCGAGUUCUAGUCUCUGGAUUGCUACGCGCGUUUUCGCUUGCUCUCCGUAAAACGUUAGGAAUUUUCUAAUUCCUAAACAAAUAAUCAGUUCAUAGAAUUUUACAGUUAAUUCCGCUCAAACUCAUUAAUUAAGGUUCCUUGUGAAGGUAUAUUAUAUUUUUGUGGACGACCUACUUUAAGUACUUGCUAUUGCAAUAAAUUUUUAAUGUGACUUCU